CGUGAGUAUACAGCUGUGUUUUCCGCACCGCCUCCGCUGACCCGGAAGUUUUCGCUCCCGUUAAAAGCGUCGGCCGGCUGCCCGCGGCCUCUUCCUGUCUGCCAGAGCGGCGCGUGGUACUCUGUGAGUGGCAGCGAAGACCUCGCUGCUUCCUCAGGAUGACCGAGUGGGAGACAGCUGCACCUGCAGUCGCAGAGACCCCUGACAUCAAGCUUUUUGGGAAGUGGAGCACUGAUGAUGUGCAGAUCAAUGACAUUUCCUUGCAGGAUUACAUCGCAGUGAAGGAGAAGUAUGCCAAGUACCUGCCCCACAGUGCUGGGCGCUAUGCGGCCAAGCGCUUCCGCAAGGCGCAGUGCCCCAUUGUGGAACGCCUCACCAACUCCAUGAUGAUGCAUGGCCGAAACAAUGGGAAGAAGCUGAUGACUGUGCGCAUCGUCAAGCAUGCCUUCGAGAUCAUUCAUCUUCUCACCGGUGAGAACCCCCUGCAGGUCUUAGUGAAUGCCAUCAUUAACAGCGGCCCCCGGGAAGACUCAACCCGCAUCGGUCGAGCUGGCACAGUGAGGCGGCAGGCUGUGGAUGUAUCCCCUUUGCGCCGUGUGAAUCAGGCCAUCUGGCUGUUGUGCACAGGUGCCCGAGAGGCUGCCUUCCGGAACAUCAAGACCAUUGCUGAGUGCCUGGCAGAUGAGCUCAUCAAUGCAGCCAAGGGCUCCUCCAACUCCUACGCUAUCAAGAAGAAGGAUGAGCUGGAACGUGUGGCCAAGUCCAACCGUUGAUUGUCCAGCUGUGGCCCCAAUAAACCUGUUUGCCCUUUGGGGCAGGUCCA